GUUUUCUUCCAGGAUUGGGUUUGAAUGUUUCUCGAAUGAUCGGAUUCUUCAAGACCCUUUUACUUAACUCUGCUCUCCCUACAUAUCAAAAUGGUCCACCCCGCUUCUACCUGCUGCAAAACCAACCCCGGCGCCGGCUGUGUCUGCGCCGCCCAAGCAAAGUGCUCCUGCGGCAAGGAAAGCGCUCUCCACUGCACCUGCACCAAGGCCUCCACUGAGAACCAGACCUCGGGACCCCGAUGCUCAUGCCGAGCUCGUCCAGCCGGACAAUGCACCUGCGAGCGCGCCGCUAGCGAGAACCUGACUGUGACUGGGGAAACUUGUCCUUGUGGACAGCGAGCCUCUACUUCCUGCACUUGUGAAAAGGCCGGUGCUGUAGAGCCCCUCGAGACGGAUUUCACUACCCGUGCUUGA